GGUUUCGAACGGUACUACUCGUAGUCCUCUGCAAACGAAUUUGCAAAACUAAAAUAAUUUUUGUUGCUGUUACAUUAAUGGUUUAAGCCAAUAAAUAUGCCACAGCAGGGAUUUGGUUGCUUUGUCAAGUGGUUCUAUGUGGUGCUAAUUGUGCAAACCUUGUUGUGCAUCGGCCAGCUCGAGUGUCGCCAGCAUCACAAUCGCAACAACAACAAUAAUAACAAUAACAAAAACAACAACAACAAUAGACGAGGCGAAUCGGCCAGCUCGGAGGAGAACCAGAGCCAUGGCGAUGAUGUCAUCGAUAACUUUGCGGACAACGACAGCAGCAUUGCCGCUGGCCAUGGACACCGGCGUGGUCCGCGCAAGAAACAGCAGGGCAACAACAAUCACAAUCGCCACAAUCGCAUGGAGGAGCAGGGCAUCUCACUCUGGAUCAAUGAGCAGCAGCUCAAGAUGCUAAGCGCGCUCUACUUUCCGCAGGGCUACUCGGAUCGCAUCUAUGCCAUACACAACGGUCGUGUGACGAACGAAAUGCGCGACACGACAUUCUAUAGCUAUCUGGUGAUACCGUCCGAGGUGAACUAUGUGAAUUUCACAUGGAAAUCGGGUAGACGCAAGUAUUCCUAUGAUUUUGAUCGACUGCAAACGAUGGACGAGAGCAUUUUAAAGGCGCCAACGCUCUCGAUCAAGAAAAGCGGACGCAUACCGCAGGAGCAGAAAAAUUUUAGCAUAUUCCUGCCCUGCACCGGAAACAGCUCGGGCACUGCAUCAUUCAAUGUGGGCCUAAAGAUACAGACUCGCAAUAAGGAACCGCUUUUGGGCACACCCAUACGUCUCAACUUCAAAAAGGAAUGCGCACAUAGAGGUGUGUAUGAUAUAGACGCUUCCAACCCUACUUCACUAACAACUUUGCAAGCUCCCGAUCCAGAAUGCAGUUUAAAAUGUGGCAAGAAUGGGUAUUGCAACGAGCAUCAUAUCUGCAAGUGCAACGUCGGCUAUACGGGCCAAUAUUGUGAGACGGCCUUCUGUUUUCCGCAGUGUCUGAACGGCGGCAAUUGCACGGCGCCGUCGGUUUGCACCUGCCCCGAGGGCUAUCAGGGCACACAGUGUGAGGGCGGUAUUUGCAAAGAGAAGUGCCGGAAUGGCGGCAAAUGCAUACAAAAGGACAAAUGCCAAUGCUCAAAAGGAUAUUACGGCCUGCACUGUGAAUAUUCCAAGUGCGUGAUACCCUGCAAGAAUGGCGGCCGCUGCAUUGGCAACAAUAUGUGCCGCUGUCCGAACGGGCUGCACGGCAAUCAUUGCGAAAUUGGACGCAAACAGCGCUCCACCUGCAAGUGCGGCAAUGGCCGCUGCAUGGGCAACAAGGAGUGCAAGUGCCAGGACGGUUACCAAGGUCGCCACUGUAGACGCCGCAUUCCAAAUCGUGCGCAUUGAGCGCUGAACUGGGCCCGAGGGACACGCAACUGAAAUGUGACAUGUAGCAUACACAUGGAA